GCUAUUUAAAAUACCUAAAUAAGUAUCUGGCAUUCUCCCCAACCCAAACUAAGACACAAACAAACCAUCGGCCAUCUUGGACAGGCUCGGGCUGCGGCUGAGACUGCUGGCGUGCUGUGAGGACUGGUGCCUUCUUUACAGAACACAGUCAUGUCUGAGAGUGAUGCAAGUUACCAUUCAGACUCUGAGGCUGAGAAGUCUGGCCAAGGGAGUGACAGUGAGGGAGAAAACAGGAGAAGUCGCAGCAGGAGUGUUAGCCAUGGACGUUCUGCCAGCAGAAGUGUUAGUCGUAGCCGUAGCCGGAGCAGAUCUGGCAGCAGAAGCAGAAGUCGUAGUAGAAGCAGGAGUCAGAGUAGAAGCCGGAGUAGAAGCAGAAGCCGCUCUGUAAGGUCGGAUGAGGCCAUGGAGGCUCGAAGUGGAGAGGAAGAGAUAAGUGGUGAUGAAGAGCCAGCUGAUGGUGAAGACAUUGCUAACUCUGGAUAUGACAGUGAAGAAGAUGAAGAUGAUGAGAGGCAUGUGAAAAAACGAAGGAAGAGAGGAGCUGUUUCUGAUUAUUUCUUGGAGGAGGCUGAAGUAGAUGAUGAUGAAGGGGAAGAUGAUGAAGAUGAAGAGGGAGACGACUAUGAUCUCCUGGCCAAUGAGAAAGAGGAAGUGGGUGUUACUGCCCGGGAGGUUGAAGCCCACCGCAGAGCACACAGUGUCUGGGACAAUGAGCGAGAAGAAGAAAUUGAAGAAUACUAUCGUCGCAAGUAUGCUGAUGAGACCUCUGCUGCUGCUGUGCGCUUUGGCGAGGGAGGAGAAGAGAUGACCGAUGAAAUUACUCAACAGACACUAUUGCCUGGCGUUAAAGACCCUAAUCUUUGGAUGGUGAAAUGCCGCAUUGGUGAAGAAAAAGUGACAUGUUUGCAGUUGAUUCGCAAAAUGUUUGCCUACCAGUUUACGGAGGAGCCUCUGCAGAUCAAGUCUGUUGUUGCUCCUGAAGGUGUAAAGGGCUAUAUCUACAUAGAGGCUUACAAGCAGUCUCAUGUUAAGUCAGCAAUGGAAGGCAUAUCCAAUCUACGACUGGGAAUAUGGAGGCAAACUAUGGUGCCAAUCAACCAAAUGACAGAUGUACUACGUGUUGUGAAGGAGGUGCCCACACUGAAACGAGGGGCUUGGGUUAGGCUCAAGAGAGGGAUCUUCAAGGAUGACUUGGCACAAGUAGAUUAUGUUGAUGCAUCACAGAAUACAGUACACCUCAAACUCAUUCCUCGCAUUGAUUAUACACGUAUGCGAGGAGCUCUCAAAUCAAGCCAGCCAGAUAAUGACCUCAAGAGAAAGAAACAGAGGCGUCCUGCCCAAAAGUUGUUUGACACGGAUGCAAUUCGUGCCAUUGGUGGAGAAGUCACACAGGAUGGUGACUUCCUUAACUUUGAAAUGAAUCGUUACACUCAUAAGGGAUAUUUGUAUAAAUCAUUUGCUAUAUCAGCUAUUGUAGCAGAUGGAGUAAAACCAACACUAAGUGAACUUGAGAAGUUUGAGGAACAAAGCUUGGCAGACAUGGAGCUCACCACAAGUGGUCGUGAGGAUGAUGGGCACAGCUUUGCUCCUGGUGACAACGUUGAAGUGGUGGAAGGUGAAUUGGUGAAUUUGAUGGGCUCAGUAACACGUGUUGAUGGAAACAAGAUUACAAUCUUCCCCAAGCAUGAAGAUCUUAAGGAUGAAUUAGAAUUUCUUGCCCAUGAACUGAAGAAAUAUUUUAAUCAAGGUGACCAUGUAAAAGUCAUUGCAGGAAGAUAUGAAGGUGACACAGGACUCAUUGUCAGAGUGGAAGAAAAUAUGAUUGUUCUCUUUUCUGAUCUGACAAUGCACGAACUCAAGGUACUACCUCGUGAUCUCCAGUUAUGUGCUGAUGUUGCCACUGGUGUUGACUCUCUUGGCCAGUUCCAGUGGGGAGACUUGGUGUCUCUUGAUGCCCAGACUGUUGGUGUGAUUGUGAGACUUGAGAAGGAAAAUUUCCAAGUUUUGAACAUGCAUGGCAAGCUUGUUCAUGUGAAGCCCCAAGCAGUGCAUAAGAAGAAGGAAAACAGACGUGCCAUGGCUCUAGAUUCUGAACAAAGCACAAUCCAAGUGAAGGAUAUUGUAAAAGUUAUUGAUGGGCCACACUCAGGUCGACAGGGUGAAAUACGUCAUCUGUAUCGGAACUUUGCAUUCUUACAUUCUAAGAUUAUGAUUGAAAAUGGUGGAAUAUUUGUUUGCAAGACAAGACAUUUGUCUCAAGCUGGAGGAGGAAAGUCAAGUGGAGGUGGCCUGGGUGCCGGGGGCCUUGGGAUGGGCAUGGGUUUCAUGUCUCCACGGCUGUCCUCUCCAGCUCAUUCCACAGGUGGUCAGAGUGAGCGAGGUGAUCAUGGUGGUGGAGGGGGUGGCUUUGGUGAGCGAGGACGAGGACGUGGCAGAGGCAGAGGAGCAGGCCGGGAUAAGGGUAUUAUUGGCCAGACUAUCAAGAUUACACAGGGACCAUACAAAGGUCAUGUUGGUAUUGUCAAGGAUGCUACUGAUUCCACUGUCCGUGUAGAGCUUCACUCAAAGUGUCAGACCAUCAUUGUUGAUCGCUCCCGUGUAUCUGUUGUUGGGGCCACCAAUGCCAAGGCUGGCUCCUUCACCUCUUACACACGCACACCAACCUGGGGUGGAUCUGCCACUCCUGUCUAUGGCAACACUGGAUCACGUACUCCUAUGUAUGGCUCUCAGACUCCUCAGUAUGAUGGUUCCCGCACACCACAUUAUGGAAGCACGACACCGUCUCAUGAUGGAUCAGCAACGCCUGGCAGACAAUCAGCUUGGGAUCCAACUAUCGCCAACACUCCUGCUCGCCACUCUGAAUUUGAAGACUACUCCUUUGAUGAUGCUUCCCCAUCACCAGCAUAUAAUCCAGGUACCCCAGGUUACCAGUCUGAUGCCGGCCAAGGUCCUUACACACCUCAGACUCCUGGCACUGUUUAUAGUUCAGACCACAACUACAGUCCUUACCAGCCUGAGCCAUCUCCUUCAGGAUACCAACCAGCUGGUGGUAGUCCUGCAGCCUAUGUUGGCACUCCAAGCCCAGGCACUGGAUAUCAAGGAUCUCCAUCUCCUGUCUCUGGUUAUGCAUCACCUUCACCCUUAGCUUCCUUCAGCCCCAUGACACCUGGAGCAGCAUCACCCUAUAAUCCACAGACACCUGGGGCUGGUAUGGAUACGCUGGGCAUGCAUGACUGGCAGACAACAGACAUUGAAGUAAGAAUUAGAGAGACGCAUGAUGAUUCUGGCCUCAUUGGUCAGACUGGCGUCAUUCGAGGAGUAUCGGGUGGAAUGUGCUCGGUGUUUUUGCCAGAAGAAGAGCGUGUAGUUAAUAUCCUUGGGGAGCACCUCGAGCCUGUUACACCGGCACAACUUGAUCGUGUCAAAGUAAUCUUUGGUGAAGAACGGGAACAGACAGGCAGUCUUCUUUCCAUAGACCAUAAUGAGGGUGUUGUGAAGCUGGAUCAUGCAGAUGUGAAGAUGCUUCAGUUGCGCUACCUCUGCAAAAUGAAAUGAAUAGCUAGAAAGGAAUAUUGGUUUCUAUUAUUGCUUUCACCUAUUUUAUCCGAAAAUUGCUUUUUACUUUUUUUUUCCCCUGUAAAUAUGAUUUGGUUAAUCAAAGUUAAGGUUUGUGAUAAUCACAAAAUCUCAUGUUAUGUAUGUUAUGUGUGGGACCAGAUCACUAUUUAACAUUUGUUACUAUAAUCACUUGAUUAUAGCAAGGCGAUUAAAUUGUUUGGAAGCGAUAAAAAAAAAAAAAAAAAUGAAAGUUUUCAGUGAUAUAGGUACAAACUUUCAUGUGAUGAACAUAUAUUCAAGUUAGUUUUUUCUUGUACAGUAAAAUAAUUUUUAUCCAGGCAUACCAAGUGGAAAUAUGUAUAAUUCAUAUUCAACAAAUUUUAGAAUAUAAAUGGUUUCAUAAAACUUUAUUUUCUUAUGGUCAUGAAUAGCAUUGACAUAAAGGCAACCAUAGUUGUACCUUAAGCCUGUAGGACUGCUGUGCAGACUAUUAUUUAAUCCAACCUAAUCAUGUGUGGACAAAACCAUGAUGUGAAGUAGGCAUUAAGAAUGUAAUAGGUCAUCCUACUGCCUCUCUCCCUCUUGCACAUGUAUUUCUUUACACUACAAAGUUUUCCUUUCCUGCCAGAGCUUUCAGUGUAAUUGACAUGCAUUGGUCAUACCAAAGGACUGAGGAAUUUAGAUUUUGGACUGUAAAUUACCUAUCUUUUUUUAACCAAAUUACUCCAUAAUAUUUCUUUUCACCAAUUUUGACAUUUUCUCCAUUUGCAUGAGAUGUCCAAUUCUUUCUAAAACAUUUUCACUGCCACUUCAUUGUCACAAGAUGCCCCUCUUAGGUAUUUUAAUUCCAAACCAUGCACUUUAAUUGCUGCACUAUUAUAAGUUCAUUCUAUUUCCAUACAUAAUCAUUAGCAGAAAAAUGCCUCUACUUCCAAAGACACAUUUCACAAUCCUUGCAAGUGAUCAUAUGAUAUUUUUUUCACAUCCCUGUCUUUAUUUCUCCAUAGUAAUUAUAUUUUUUGUCAUAUGAACAACUAUGUACAAAUAAUUCACUAGAUAAUUCACAACCACCAUGAGAAACAAGUUUUGUGUUGAUACUGAUGUAUGAUACUACAGUUGAAAGGAGGCUUAUGAUGCACUAUUGUAUUCCUGCCAGUUGUUAAUGUUUAAGGGGAUAUAACAAAAGAUAUAUUGAUUUAUACUUGAUGUGAUUUUUAAAAAUUUGUUAUCAACUGAACUAAGACUCAGAGUUAAUACCAAGGAUGGGUGGAAGAUUAGGUUAUUCAUGAUUGAAAAUCCUCAAUAUUCAUAUCCUAGAUAUAUUUUUUAAUUUGGUUAGCUCUGAGAGUGUAUACUUUGGCCAUGGCUCCUAGGCCAAGCUGUGUGUUUAAAGUAGGUAAAUUGACAUAAUUAUACAUACAGAAGCAUUCCUGGCCAAAAUUUUUCCUCGCCUAACAUUUUUUUCAUCCUUCUGUACCUCAUUUUUGCUAUGUCACUGGCAACACGGUCACAAUGCAUUAACACAUUAAUGUAAAUAUUCUAUCAAAGCACAAAGAAGUUAAUUACAAUGCGUUUAUAAAAGAUUUCUUGUUUAACAUUAUAUUGCCUUAUUUCUCUAACUAUAGUCUAACUUGCAGGUUAUUUAUAUAUGUGUGUGCUCACAUACAUACAUACAUGAACUUUAAUUCUCAUAAAGUACAUUUUUAAGAAGUGACAUACAGUGGCUUGAGAAGUGAAGCAAUUGUACGAGGAUUAUAUGAGAAAGACAGGGUAUGUGUUAGUGGGUAAAUGUGUUAAGAAAAAAGACAGUUUAUACAGGCAAAGAUUAGCUCUGCAGUGAUUUAUACACCAUGCACCAUUUGGUAACAUUUAACAAGAUGUGUAAAUUGUAGUGUUAUCAAUACUGUUGUAUAGUAUUUCUACUAUUCCUUUCAUGAAUAACACAAACCAGAGAAAUUGAAUACCAUUAUACAAUUUGUGAAGCUGAGACAUUAUAUAUAACAUCUUAAGAACUGGGUAGAACAGCAACCUGUAUAUGAUAUGCUCAUCUUGUUUACCAGGAUAGAUCCAAAUUGGAGGUAAAAUGUCUGGAUAGAAGGAAUCUUACUGUACUAAUUUCAUAUUAAAGUGUAAAUUAUCCAUGGA